CCUCGCAGCACCAUGACCCACCUGCAGGCCUCCGAGGUCCAGCAGCUGCUGCACAACAAGUUCGUGGUCAUCUUGGGGGACUCGAUCCAGCGGGCUGUCUAUAAGGACCUGGUCCUCCUGCUGCAGAAAGAUGCACUGCUCACAGCCGCCCAGUUGAAAGCCAAGGGGGAGCUGAGCUUUGAACAGGACGAGCUGGUGGCCGGGGGCCAGCUGGGUGAGCUGCACAACGGGACAAGGUACCGGGAGGUCCGCCAGUUCUGUUCCGGCUCUGGCCACCAUCUUGUACGCUUCUACUUCCUCACCCGCGUUUACUCUGAGUACCUCGAGGGUGUUCUGGAAGAGCUGGCCUACGGGCCCACCCCGGACCUGGUCAUCAUCAACUCCUGCCUCUGGGAUCUCUCCAGAUAUGGCCGCUGCUCCAUGGACAGCUACCGCAGGAAUCUGGAGCGGGUAUUUGUGCGCAUGGACGAGGUAUUGCCAGACUCCUGCCUACUGGUGUGGAAUAUGGCCAUGCCGCUGGGAGAACGUGUCACUGGGGGUUUCCUUCUACCAGAGCUGCAGCCCCUGGCAGGCUCUCUGAGGCGAGAUGUUGUGGAAGGGAACUUCUACAGUGCUACCUUGGCUAGCGACCACUGCUUUGAUGUCCUGGACCUUCACUUUCAUUUCCGGCAUGCUGUCCAGCACCGGCACCGGGAUGGUGUCCACUGGGACCAGCAUGCCCACCGCCACCUCUCCCAAUUGCUUCUGGCUCAUGUGGCGGAUGCCUGGGGUGUGGAGCUGCCCAAGCAUAACUAUCCCCCUGAUCCAUGGAGUGAGAACCGUAAGGAGGCAGAUCAUCUGUUCCAGGAGAGCUAUGGACAGUCCUCAGACUACAGGGAGCAACUGGCCUUGACCCCACCACCACCCACUUCCAUACCCUCUUCCAUUCCUUUUCCCUACCCAAUGACUCAGUCUUCAUAUCCUCCCCAGUACCCACCCCUGCCCGAGGAUUCCUCAUUUUUCCCAGGCCAGUCCUUCCCACCCCAAAACCUCUACAAUUACGGUCCAACAGAAGGCUUCUCGGGGCCACCCCACUUUGGAUAUGGCUCUGAAGCAAAUUUUGUGCCUGGCUCCCGGUCACGUCUGGUCUCCAGCUCUCCCCCUCGUGACCAGCACUGGGGCCCAGCAGUUCACCGGGGGAUGCCACGCUAUGUACCUAACGGCCCCUACCAUGUGCCAAGGAAAGGGGCACCAUGCAGGCAACGGCUCAGAAAUUCAGACAGACUGAUCCACUCAUACAAACUGGACAGACGGCCAGCCCGUUCUGGAAUGUGACCUGUGUAGAUAGUUCACAGGGGUCUCAAUGUGCUGAUGGCCCCACUGAUCCUGCUUGCCACCCCAAAUGCUAGGCUGGGGUGUCUGCCCUCCCUAGUGUUGUUCUUGUCCACUGCUGUCACCAAUAAAAGCAUGGAAGAACA